AGAAACAGAGAAAAAAUCAACAGGGUUGAUAGAAAGGAGUUGCAAGCCUCUAUUCUCUGUGUCUGGUUUGGAGAGCAGUAGGUGAUUUUUGAAUAUUAGCCUUCGCUCUCUCCCUUUAAAAAGUCUUCCAAAACCAUAUUCCAUUUCACAAAUCCAGUUUCUUCUCUCAAAAACCUCAUACAUACCUCCAAAAGUCUCAUUCUUUCUGAUUUGCUCAUUUCUCAUCUCUCAACCAAGAAUCAAACCUGUACGUGUUAUUUUGAAGAGAAUUCGUUCCCAGAAAGAAUGACUGUCAAGAAAAUCGAAUGGAGAUCGAUAUUUGUAAGCUGUUACAGGCCGGAAUACCCGGAGUCGCAGCCCAAGAAAGUGUGCGUGAAACAGACAUCAUUUCAAAGGAUUUCACUGUCUGAUUUGAGUAAUCCCAGCUCGACUCUUUCCGAGGACCUCUCUAUAUCUCUUGCGGGAUCGAAUCUGCAUAUCUUUACGCUUGCAGAGCUGAAGGUGAUCACCCAGAACUUCGCGUCCUCUAACUUUCUCGGGGAAGGUGGGUUCGGACCCGUGCACAAGGGAUUCAUUGAUGACAAGCUUAGGCCUGGUCUCAAGGCUCAACCUGUAGCCGUCAAGCUUUUGGACUUGGAUGGCUCGCAGGGCCACAGGGAGUGGUUGACCGAAGUCCUCUUCCUUGGGCAAUUGAGGCAUCCCCACCUUGUGAAGUUGAUAGGGUAUAGCUGUGAAGAAGAACACAGAGUACUCGUAUACGAAUACAUGCCAAGAGGCAGCCUAGAGAAUCAACUAUUCAGAAGAUAUUCUGUAUCUUUACCAUGGUCCGCAAGAAUGAAAAUUGCUCUUGGAGCUGCAAAGGGGCUUGCCUUCCUUCAUGAAGCAGAAAAGCCUGUUAUUUAUCGAGAUUUUAAGGCUUCAAACAUCUUGUUAGACUCGGAUUACGCUCCCAAACUCUCAGAUUUUGGGCUCGCAAAAGAUGGUCCAGAAGGAGAUGACACACACGUUUCCACCCGAGUUAUGGGCACCCAUGGCUAUGCUGCUCCCGAAUACAUCAUGACCGGUCACCUAACAGCAAUGAGUGAUGUGUAUAGCUUUGGAGUAGUGCUGUUAGAGAUUCUCACAGGGAGGAGAUCGGUGGACAAGAGCCGUCCAAAUAGAGAGCAGAACCUAGUAGAUUGGGCAAGGCCAAUGUUGAACGAUGCCAGGAAACUUUCCCGAUUCAUGGACCCAAGAUUGGAAGGCCAGUAUUCUGAGACGGGGGCUCGGAAGGCGGCUGCACUCGCUUAUCAAUGCCUGAGCCACCGGCCUAAGCACAGACCGGCAAUGAGCACUGUUGUCAAAACUUUGGAGCCCCUCAAGGACUUUGAUGACAUUCCCAUUGGCCCGUUUGUGUACAUGGUUCCUGCCGAAAAUGAUUUGCACAAGGAAGACGUUGUCAAAGAUCAAUACCAAACCCAGAGGGAAUCGAAAAAGAGUUCCCACAAGAAAGAGAACGGCCACCACCACCGUAACCAUAACCAUCACGGAAAUGGUCAUAGGCAUCAGCAACGAUCAUCACCAAAGUCACCCAACUCUCACUCAGAGACUGAUCUCCCGCAAAAAUGUGGAAAUGGUUAUGGGAUGCAAUCUCCGGUGGGCCAUAUGGGCAGCAGGGCGGCAUAGACAAGAGUACUAGUAGUUACUAUGUAAAUCAUACAUACUGUAAAUAGUGAUUUAUUAACUAAACUGUUUGAUUAAUUUUGGAUAGUUUGGCAUUUUCUAGUGCCAGACUCAAGUGUAAGAUCUUUUUUUAAUUUUUUGGAAAUUAAAUGUAAGAAUGAAUUUUUGAAA